AUGAAGUUUAUCAUAUACGCAGACGAACAACAAGGAAUCUUUAAAGAGAUUAUGAAGGCGGUUAGAGGUCAGAAAGGAGGAGUCUUCUUCCUCCAUGGCUACGGGAGCACAGGCAAAACUUACAUGUGGCAGACACUCGCAAGUGCUCUAAGGGCUAAGCACGACAUUUACAUAACCGUUGCAACAAGUGGUAUAGCGUCCUUGCUAUUACCAGGAGGGAGAACGACACAGUCAAGGUUCAAGAUACUUGUCCCUAUGUUGGAUAACUUAACAUGCAAUAUUCCUUACCAUGAUGUAGCCGCAGAUCUACUACGGCAUGCGAAGUUGAUAAUUUGGAACGAGGCUCUUAUGGCAAACAAAUGGUGCUUUGAAGCACUUGAUAAGACAUUGAAAGAUCUAAUGAGUGUUGCUAGAAACUCAAACUAUGUUUUUGGUGGUAAGGUUGUCGUUUUCGGUGGAGACUUUAGACAAAUUUUGCCCGUAAUACUGAGGGGAUCGAGAUUAGACAUUAUUGCACGCAAUCAUAAACGCUUCCUACAUCUGGCACUCUGUCAAGAAGAAGGAAGACUGGGAGGUCCAAAUGACGGAACAACAGAGAUAGAUUUUCCACCAGACUUCCUCGAUAAUUACCGUGACUACAACUACAUGAAGAACAUGGCUAUUUUAGCGUCAACCAUCGAUAUGGUAGACAAAAUAAAUGAUCAUGUCUUAGCAUUGAUGCCAGGUGAUUUGAGGGAUUAUUACAGCAGUGACGCUGUGGAUCAUUCAGAAAUACAUGACAAGGACAUGCUUGAUGUCCUCACUCCCGAGUUUUUGAGCUCUUUAAAAAAUUCCCGUUUGCCUAACCAUCAUAUAAAGCUUAAUAUUGAUACACCGAUUAUGCUUAUGCGGAAUAUCGAUCAAUCUGAAGGGUUGUGUAAUGGUACACGACUAAUUUCACCAUGGCCUUUCAAGCUAAGUCGGCGACAGUUUCCAGUAAUAGUGUCGUACUCAACGAUGAUUAACAAGUCACAGGGUCAGUCAUUAGAUUGGGUAGGUCUUUACAUUCCACGCGACGUAUUUACUCAUGGCCAAAUAUAUGUGGAUCUUUCAAGGGUUACAAGCAAGCAAGGUAUCAAAAUUUUGGUCCACGAUGAUAAUGGCACUGCAAAAAAUUCUACUGCAAACGUGGUUUACAAGGAGGUUUUCAACAACGCAUGA